AAGAGGCAGCAAAGGCCCCAUCGGGCGCCGGGUGGUGGUUGACGUGUCGCUGGAGAGCGGCGGCGCUCGGAAGCAUCAUGUCGAAGGUCACCUUUAAAGUGACGCUUACCUCAGAUCCGCGGCUGCCCUACAAAGUGUUAAGUGUGCCUGAAAGUACCCCCUUCACAGCUGUCUUGAAGUUUGCUGCAGAAGAAUUCAAAGUUCCUGCAGCAACAAGUGCCAUUAUAACAAAUGAUGGUAUAGGAAUAAACCCUGCACAAACAGCAGGAAAUGUAUUUCUAAAGCACGGUUCGGAUCUACGGAUCAUUCCCAGGGAUCGAGUUGGCAGUUCUUAACAUUUCCUGAAGGCUUUGGAAUAAGUGAUAAAUGCAUCUUAAAUAAAAAAAAGGUCUAUUUAUUUUGGAACUCCAAGGUGCAGCUGAUAAAUUGACCUGUCUUAAAGCUACCAAAAAUGACUUCCCAGGUUUCAAUUUCACGUUAAAUCUCGGACAGAUGCUUCCCUGACUAGUAGAAGGAUGGGCUGGUUCCACAUUAUGUUCCUGAAAGACCAUAGGACAAGAGUAAAUAUGUAGCCACAAUCCAUAAAUCUUUAAGUUACUGGAUAUCAUUGAGCCUAUUUUAUGGAAGGGGGAAUGGUGUUUCAGUUUUGCUACAAAGAAUUUGCUCCUACUAAGUGCUACAACUUUUUCUCCCUAAACUUAAUUCUGUGUCAAGAGAAGCAGUUUUCACGUGGUUCCAGUAUUGAGCUCAAAAAGAAGGGAAGUGGGAGGAGUUUAUUACUCAAAUAGGUAAAUAACUGCCAUAUGUUCCAAAGUAAUUGUACAACUUGAUGCAGCUAUUUUAGAUAACAGACAGCAACCUGUGUU